AUGGAUGUUUAUAUUGAAAUGUGCAUGACAAGAUGCAAUGUUGUCCAAAUCGACCCUGAUGAGUUGACCGAGUUUUUAAAGGCACAUAAAGCGGUGGACGAUGCGGAGGUGGUCGGCAUUAAUAACAAGAUUAGUUUACAUUGGCUUCGGGCAAAACAACCCUCUCAUUAUAAGCACUUGGAGGGAGAGGUGGAGUUUGUAGACUACAUUCACACCACAUUAAUCGGCAAUAGUGUGCGAAAGUACUAUAGAAAUAUAGUGAAUAGCGAUCUGAGCGGUUAA